GUCACUUACCAAAAGAUGUCACGGAAUGUUAAUGAUACACAGAACAAGAUGCCGUCAGCCUCUGACGUCAUGAUCCUGGUGCACAGCCCUAGUACCGUCGUGGGAGACCCAGAUAACACCAUGAGUCCAUCGGCCACGGACCCACUGGUACCCAGUGCCACCGAUACGGAAGGCCUGAAUGAGAUUAAAAAGAGUCCAUCGGCCGCGGAGCCCCUGGUACCCAGCCCCAGCAGCGACACAGAAGACCUAGAUGUGAUUAAGCAGAGUCCAUCGUCCUCCGAUACCAUGGUACCAAGCCCCAGCUAUGAAAUGGAAGUCCAGGAUGAGUUUUAUGAGGUUCCAUUUGUAACCCAAGCUCCUGCCGCAUCUUCAAACAAAGCCCAUCCGUGCUGUGACAAUAAUAGAGAACUCUUAAAUAAAAUUAACCAGUUAGAAAGGACAGUAAAACGAGUACAAAAAGUAGCAAACAAACGCAAUUUGACAAUUAGAGCUUUGAGAAUGCAGCUUAAGAGACUAAGGAAGAGUAAAGAAACCGAAAGCGAGAAUUUGAUCAGAUUCGCACAGAAAGAAAGAAAUGACAGAGAAUACAUUACUGUUAUGAAUUGUUUAAGAAUAAACAACCCGUUGCUUGAUCAUUUUAUUUCUUCUGCGAGAGGAAAGUUGUCAGAGCCUAGCGCCGCCCUGAAGAAAUACGUGAUGACGCUUCAUCUAGUCUCACCGCGUGCUUAUAAUUUCGUGAGAGAGGAAUUCGAUUUGGCUUUGCCUCACCCAGAAACCGUAGCGAAAUGGUGCCGGAGAGUGUAUAAUCCUGAUCUUAGUGAAGAUGAAUGCGAUCCUGGUUUUACGAAAGAAGAAUACGAUGAGAUUAAGGAUAGGGUUAAACAAAAUGACGCCAAACCUGUGUACUUAGUUUUCAUGGAUUAAAUCACUCUAUACUGCAAGACCAAAAAAAGUAAGAAAUUGUUGUCACUUUUUACUAGCGCGUCUUGUAUUUAUGUAAAAAUAAGUAAAUAAAAGUACUUUUUGAAAUCGUAGGAGUAAAAUUAGUAAUAAAUAAAUUAUCUUAACGUGAUUAUUUACUUAUCAAAAGGAAUUUAAAAUCAAAAUCAAAAUCAAUCAAUCGCCUCCCGCAUAGUUUAGAUGUUAUCAUGAAUUAAAAAAAAUAGUCAGCCGAUUGUAUCGCGCUGGAAACACCGUCAGUUGACAUGUCCGCAAAUCCAUAAGGCGUUUAUUGAAAUGCCUGAUGAAAUCCUACAUGCAAAGUUUCAUGAUUUAGUUAUUACUAUAAUGAAAAGGUACAGCGCUUAUUUUUUACAUGUAUAUGCAAGUAGCUGACGGUCUUUCCACCGCUAUACAACCGGCUGACGGUUUUUUUUAUUUAUAAUAACAUCUAAACUAUAUUCUGACAAAGUAUCAAACGGGAGGCGAUGACAAAAUUUAUUUGAUUUUUUACAUGUUUCGGUGGCUGUCAUUCCUCAACCCACCAACGGAGCGCCAGUUGACGUCCAUGAGGGAUCAUCAUACAUAGCCGUUAACCAAUAUACUAGUUAUCACCCGGGAGGCGAUUGGUCAUGGAAAUCUGUUCGUGGCUCGCGGUCUACUCGCUACUCGGUUGAAGUGGCUAACCCAGUGGUGGGUAAACUUUUUUCAUGGGGGGGCCAGAAAGUUUAGGAAAUUUAAGUGGAGGGCUAGAAUUGUACUCGUAUUGUGAAAUAAUUAGUUUAUUCCAUAUACUAAUUAUUU